AUGACGGCCAGCUUCGGCCGCCGCCUCCGCCCGACGUCGGCGCCGCCGCUCGACGACGACGACCUGCUCGACGAGAUCCUCCUCCGCCUCCCACCGGAUCCGUCCUCCCUCCCGCGCGCCUCCGCCGUCUGCACCCGCUGGCGCCGCCUCGUCUCCGACCCCGGCUUCGUCAGCCGCUUCCUCCUCCGCCACCGCCUCCGCCCUCCCAUCCUCGGCUGCUUCAUCACGGACCAGCGAAGGGCGACCGUCUCCUUCGUACCUACCAUGGAGGCCCCCAAUCGUCUCCCCGCCGAGCGCUUCUCCUUGCAGCUCGGCGACCGCGACCGCUUCAGUCUCCUCAGCUGCCGCCACGGCCUCCUGCUCAUGUUCCUCCCGCUGUGGAGCAAGGUCCUGGUGUGGGACCCCGUCGCCGGAGACCAGCACCGCCUGGACAUUCCCCCAGGGUUCGACACGAAGAAGGAGAUUGGCGGGGCGGUGCUUCGCGCCGCCGGGGCCGUCCGCCACUUCCAGGUGGUCUUAGUGGGCAGAGACAAACAGAACAUACUCGCCUGCGUUUACUCAUCCGAGGCUGGCGUAUGGAGCAAACUGAUCUCAACUCCGCUUCCAAAUCCGUUUUGCUACGAGUUUAUGGGCGUGCAUCCUGUGCUGGUUGGGGAUUCCCUUCACUGGUUUAUUAACUGUGGUUUUCAUAAAAUCCUUGAGUUUGAUUUGCAUAGGCAGAUCCUAACUGUGAUACCAGGGCCCUUGGAUGAGUUUCCUGUGGGCAUUUCCCAAAUCCUGGUUAUGCGGGCAGAGGAUGGUGGGCUUGGUGUUCUAUUCAAGUCAGGCUGCAAUGUCCAAUUAUGGAAGAGGAAGAUUGAUUGUGAUGGCGAGGCCUCAUGGGUGCUGGGAAGAACUUUUGAUCUAGACACACUAUUUUCCCUGAAUUCAGAGGAGAUAAAGUACAUGGUGAUCCUAGGCUUGGCUGAGUACAAUAGUACGGUGUUCGUGCGGACAGUUGUCGGCCACUUCAUGGUGCAGCUUGAGUCAUUGAAGUUCAACAAGACGUUCGAAACCAACAUUUGGAAUUUCCAUCAACCAUUUGAAAGUGUCUAUACUGGAGAAACAAGCAUUGGUGGUGGACACAAUGGAGCUGAACUUUUGCACAACACAUAA